AUGUGUUCCAUAUACAACUUGAAGACACGUGAAGGAAACGUCAGAGUGAGCAGGGAACUUGCAGCCCAUACAGGUUAUCUUUCUUGCUGUCGAUUCCUCGAUGACAACCAGAUUGUGACCAGCUCCGGUGACACCACCUGCGCCCUCUGGGACAUCGAGACGGGUGCACAGAAGACGGUAUUUGUGGGUCACACGGGUGACUGUAUGAGCUUGGCUGUGUCUCCCGACUUUAACCUCUUCAUCUCUGGGGCAUGCGAUGCAAGCGCCAAGCUGUGGGACAUCCGACAAGGCGAAUGCAGACAGACGUUCACUGGUCACGAGUCAGACAUCAAUGCCAUCUGUUUCUUCCCCAGUGGUCAGGCUAUAUGUACGGGAUCCGAUGACGCCACCUGCCGCCUGUUUGACCUACGAGCUGACCAGGAGCUCAGCGUCUACUCCCAAGACAGCAUCAUCUGCGGCAUCACCUCCGUGGCGUUCUCCCGCAGCGGGCGCAUUCUCUUCGCUGGAUAUGAUGAUUUCAACUGCAACCUCUGGGACUCGCUAAAAUGCGAAAGAGUCGGUGUCCUUUCCGGCCACGACAAUCGCGUCAGCUGUCUUGGUGUCACCUCGGAUGGCAUGGCUGUGGCGACAGGAUCAUGGGACAGUUUCCUCAAGAUCUGGAACUGA